AUGGCGAGCAUCUUCGAGCUCCCCGACGACCUUCUUGCAACUCUCAUCGAGAGCUUCCCAUGCCGUGACGCUCAAAUCCGAGCUCUUGCGACACUGCUCUAUCCUAGGGCCGCCCCAUGCCGCAAUCUGAUAGUUCACGGGACCGAAGCUACCGGCAAAAGUACUGUAACCGCCCGGCUUCUCAAGGAAUUAUCCUCACCUCGGGCCGACACUGACGACUCUCUUCUCAAUUACGCUAUCGUCAAGUCCGCCGAAUGCGUGACAGCGCGGCAUCUUUUCGAAAGAACAGUCGGUUCUGUGGCAGAUGCUUUACAAUGGGAAGAGAGCGGAACAGUUGGACGCUGCGAGACACUCGCCGCGCUCACGGUCGAGUUAACCAAACUGCUAACGUACGACCAACGUCAUGAUAAGGACUGGAGAUUCGUGCUAGUCUUCGACGGAAUCGACCGCCAACGAGAUGCACCACCUACGUUAUUACCUGCUCUUGCCAGGUUAUCCGAGCUCAUCCCUAAUCUAACAACAAUAUUCAUCCUCACCGCCCCGUCGCCCUCCCUCCUCCACGUAUCAUCGACUCCACAGCUAUACUUCCCACCGUACACGAAGCCCGAGUACGUAACAAUCCUCUCUCGUCCGCCAUACACGCCCUCGCCGCUGCCGAACACCACAGCCCAAGAAACAACAGACCUAUGGACGCGCUUCGCAGCCGCCGUCCACGACGCCCUCUCCAAACCCGCAUCCCGGACCCUCCCCGGCCUCGCACGGUCCUGCGCCGCCCUAUGGCCACGUUUCACGGCCCCGGUAUCCGCAGGCACCUACCGCGCGCGGGAGUUCACAAAACUGCUCGUCGCCGCGCGCGCCUACUUCCAGGACGAAUCCGUUCUCGAGCCAGGCAUAACCCUCGCCUCGAAACCCACUACUUCCCUCACCAAGCCCUCGUCAACAACCACAAGCAACGGAGCAAAGACAGGCGAAAACGAGUGGAGUAGAAGCACUAAGGACCUGGCAACCCUGCUCCCGCCCACAGCGCGCCUCCUCCUCGUCGCCGCGUACCUAGCCUCGCAUAACGCGCCGCGCCACGACCAGACUAUCUUCAGCACGUGGCACUCCGGGCGACGGCGGCGCGGGGGCGGGAGUCUGGGGCAGCAUACGCGGGUUUCGAAGAAAGCCAAGCAUCGGAAGAUUGCGCGGAAGUUGCUGGGGCCUAGUGCGUUUGUGCUGGAGCGCAUGGUUGCGAUAUACGCGGCGACGAGGAGUGAAUGGGUUCGUGAUGGCGCGUAUGAGGACCAGGUCGGUGUUGAUGGGGACGUGGGCAUGGCGAUUGCGACGCUGGCGAGCUUGAGGUUGUUGGUUAGGGUUGGGGGCGCGGGAGGGGCGGGGGAUACGAUGGAUCGGGGGGGGAAGUGGAGGGUCGGUGUUGGGUGGGAGGUUAUUAGGGGGGUGGGACGGAGUAUGGGGGUUGAGGUUGAGGAGUGGCUUGUUGAGUAA